GUUUUCUACUUCGUAUAUUUAACAGGAGUUAACGUAUGCCGUCGUUGUCAUGGUAACCACAACACGACUUCUCCAACGCUUUUCCGCCGGACUGAAAUCAGUGACCGGAGAUCGUUCAAACUAGCUUUAUAAACUCUCCCAAGUUGUAUACUGUAGGCUCGCAUUUUUUUUUUACGACUGGUUAAAGAAGAGAGGAAGACGUAUAAAAAUCCCGAAAAAAGAAGGUGAAAUGGAGGACGAAGAGGAGGCAGGUCCAUCUGAUGGUUCGCCUGCACAACAUCCUCCUCCUGCCAACAUGGACAUCUCCGCUUGUCCUGCUUUUCAGUACUUGGAUGAGAUGUUGUCAAUGGGCAAUAUCAGCCCGACCAGAGCAGCCAAGCUGAAAGCCAACUACAAGCUGCUAUCUGAUACCUUAAAGUGCUCCCAAGAUUCUGAAAUCCAGCUUUUGGAAGAAGCAAAGAGGUCCCGGGCUAAGCUGAAGAGGCUUCGGACUGAGCUGGAGAAUACGGAGGAGCAGAGCACCUCUGAGGAGCCUGAAAGUGAGGUCAGCGAACUAAGGCGACGGCUCCUCCAGGCUUACAAUGAACUCAAAGCUGCUGAGGACAGAGACUACAAGACACAGCACAAGCUGAAGUGUCUCCAGGAAGAGAAGCGACAGCUGGAGGAAGAGAUUCAAACAAAACCUGCUCUCAUCCAGAAGCGAGAGACCGAGAGGAAGGCCUUGGAUGAUAAAUAUGAGGAUCUGAAGAAAGAGGUGGCCCAGACACAAUUGGAAGUCAGAAGUCUGAUGGAAAAUGUGGAAAUUCAUGAAACCCAGGAACUGGAAGCACAGAAAGAGCUGGCAGAGAAGGAGGAGCUCAUAGAAUUAAAAGAGGCUGAAAAAGCUCGGCUCAUCAACAUACCCUACCACAUUUCAAAGGAGACUCAAAGGAAACGCUUGGAGAGGGAAGAUGCAAUGAAGAAAAUGGAAACAUUAAAUACUGAGAUCACAGAGAUGGAGCAGCAAAUAAAGAUGGUGGAUAAGCGUAAUCAGUCUCUCAGGACGGUGACGGAGGAUAUGAAGAAGGAGCUGGAGGAUGUAAGAGUCCAAGAAGAGGCCAGUCAGAUGGAGAACAGGCAGCUACUGGAAAAGCAGGAGGUCGAGAAGGCUGAACUGAUGGGCAACAGAGGCAUCUUGGAAUUGAAGAUGAAGAGCCUCAUGAGUGACAAGAAGAACCUUAAUGAGAGACGAUUUGUGCAGCUCCGGGAGAACAAUAGGCAGAUGGAAGCUCUCAAAAGGACGGAGCAGGAGAUGACCAUGGCCUCUAAAGGCUUGGCACAUGUGCAAUCUAUCUAUAAUAAGCUACAGGCACAGAUAGAUGCUGCUGUUCCCAAAAGAGAGGCUGCUGUAAAGCGAAGGAUGGAGCUUCUGAAUGAGGUGGAAGCUCUAAAAACCAGCGUUGAAAAGAAGCUAUCAGUGGAUAAGGAGGAGGGCCAGAGGAGGCAGCAGUAUGGGAUGAUCCAGGAGCUGCAGAGGCAGUCAAACCGCCUCAGAGAAGAACUGCAUGACCUCAAAUGUCUAAGAUAUAUCAGAGCCGAGGAGAGGGGCCAGAAGCACCGUGAACUACUCAGGGCUCAGCAACUGAGCAAGCACAUCCAGCAGGAGCUCAGAGAGAAAGACCUGAUCAUCAGGGGCCACAACAGGCUCAGCACAAUGCUACAGCACAGAAUCUCACAGUACUCUAAACUGUGCGAUAUGAACGUGAAAGAGAAUGAAAGGUUUGUGAAACUGAAACAUACCGCCUCACAGACAAUCACGGAGUUGUCAGAGCAGAUUAAAGUUCUGGAAAGGGAAAAGCAGCGCAAGCCCGCUAUCUUCUACGACAGAUCACUCAUGGAGGUCUCCAAAAGUGCCAAGAUGAGGGACAAACUACGCAAUGACAUCUCCGAGAUUGCCUGGAAACAAGACCAAAUCAGUGAAGAAUGUAAGGACAACAACUUAGAAGUGAUGAAACUCACAGAAACCAUCAAACUACAGGAGGAGGCACUUCUGGAAAUAAACAGGAAUUACGAAACUGCCAUAGAUCGACGUAAUUCACUCGGGAUUCAACUCUUGGAACAUGAGGAGAUUUUGUUCAAGUACUAUGAGAAGAUGAACAACCAGGAGGCAGGCAUCACUAAGGGCAACAUGGCCCUGGAGACCCUGGAGAAGGAGAAGAGCGAAUUGCAGAUAGAAAUUCAAGAGGAGAAGAGACAGAUAGACCUGAAGAAGAAGGAGUUGCUGCUCAGCAGAAAACUGGAGGAAGAGAUCACCAUGCUGCAGAUAGAGUUGUCAGAAGAAAGGGACAAGCCAAGUGUCAAUCAGAGACGGGCGCUAAAAGGUGUAGACCCAUCAACAGCAGAUCUUGUCCAGAAAAUGGAGCAGCUUGAGGUGAAUCUAGCCGAGCGCAAGACGCAGUUGCUGGAAAAAGAACUCCUGGUGGACCAAGUGACCCGGCUUUCGAAGCCGCUCAGCGAGCAGGCUGAGAACUGCCGGGAGGACAGUCUCUGGAUGGCAAGGAAGCUGAACGAGGUCCGGGCUGAUAUAACCAAAACCAACCACCGUAUCAUGGCCGUCUCAGCAGAACUAUCCGUGAAGCAAGCUGCUGCUUUGUCCCAACAGCAGCAGAUCAAAGACAAAGAGCUCCAGAAGGAGAAAUGCCAGCAGCGGUUGGAGCAGGGCCUGGCUCCGUCCCCUGAGAUAGAGGAAGAGUGUAGGAAGAAACUCCGGGACAAGAAGAGGAGACAGAGGGACAGAGAAGAAAGGCUGAGGCUUGCUGAGGAGAAUGAGUGGAGGCAGCUGCCAAAUGGGAAGUUCACCACAGCCGAGGUCCGGCCCAACGCCUACAUCCCUCACAACAACCCGCUCUGUGUGCCAGUGCCCUACGGAGCCUUCGCCCCCUUCAAACCCUCCCAGCCAGCGCCCACCAUGAGGCGCUUCCGCAGCCCAGCACGGAGACCCUCGGAGGGCCAGAACACAUCAUCAACACAGCUGCACAGGGGCCCACUUAAGUUUCCACCUUUAGACCCUUGAAAACACUCAGUUUACUAUAUGACUUGCACUAUAAGUGCAAGUCAUUAUUAUUAUUAUUAUUAUUGUUCAGUUUUAACUCGAGGAUCUCUGAAAAACAGCAAUUUCAAGAUGUUUCUCAGUAAUUCGUCUCACGCAGCUCACUCACCCUCCCACUGCUCCUCCUCUCUGCCCUUCGUUUCCUCACAGUUCAGCAAACUGUUCUUUUGCCUUGUGAGCGUUUACUCAUGAACUGCAUGUGGUUGUAAUUGUGUUUCCUUUUUUUCCUUUCUCUUUCAAUUUACUGGAAGCGCUUUACGCUUAGCUUGGAGUUAAACGGCGUACUGUAAAUGACCGGGGAAAGGGAAACGGGAAACAUUGUUGCAUAAUGUUUCACAGUUGUAUUAAAGUCAGUUCCUAGCAACACAUCGUGACCGUGUCAACCACAUCUCUCUUGAAGAUAAAUUCAUGCCUCUGACAUGCUGGAAUAUUCUUAAGCAUUUCU